GAGGUGGAGCGCAGUCUCACAAGCACUGGAAGUUUUGCAACCUUAGAGAAGAGCCCAGCUCUGUCCCAGCAUCAGGAUUGAUCAGGCUCGUUCUGCUGGUUCUUGUUUGGAUUACAAAUCUCAAGUUUAUUCAGGAAGAGGAGCAGGAAAAAAGAAAACGGUGAAGAAAGAAAACGCACAGAGGAGUUAUCGGAUUUAAAAGGAUAUACAAACAGCCCUGCAUGCUUUCUCAGCCAGCCAUGGGGACUACGGUCCUGCUCUUUGUCGUUGGUCACAUACUGACCACUGUCUUGACUACGGGAGCCAUAGACGAGGUCAUUCCAAGGGUCACAUUUCACUAUGCUUCUGCAGAGAGAAUAGUGAGGAAGUUUGAAAUAGAUGGAGUUGCUCAUUACACAACGUUGCUGCUGAGCCAAGAUGGAAGCACCUUGUAUGUGGGAGCACAAGAAGCCAUAUUCUCACUGAACAGUACAGAUUUCUUGUCUGGCCGUGAAGCCCACGCGCAGCUCACAUGGAAAGCAGAUGAUGAAAAGAAAAGGGAAUGUGCCCUUAAAGGAAAAGAUCCUCAGAGAGAUUGUCAGAACUACAUCAAGAUCCUUUUACAGCUAAACAGCACACACCUAUAUGCUUGCGGGACAUAUGCCUUCAGCCCCACCUGCACUUACAUUAAUAUUCAUGAUUUCUCUUUGGAGAAAGAUUCAUCGGGGAACCCAGUUAUGGAAGAUGGAAAGGGGCGCUGUCCUUUUGAUCCAAAGUAUAAUUCCACAGCCAUCAUGGUUGAUGGGGAGAUGUAUGCUGGCACUGUCAGCCAUUUUCAAGGAAAUGAGCCCAUCAUUUACAAGAGCCAUGACGGCAGGAUAUCGAUGAAGACUGAGAACUCUCUCAACUGGCUUGAAGAUCCAGCUUUUGUGGGCUCUGCUUAUAUUCGCGAGAGUCUUCCCAAAGGGAAUCCUGUGGGUGAUGAUGAUAAAAUAUAUUUCUUCUUCAGUGAGACCGCAAAGGAGUUUGAUUUUUUUGAGAACAUCAUUGUGCCCCGGAUAGCGCGAGUGUGCAAGGGAGACCUUGGUGGGGAGCGUGUACUACAAAGAAGGUGGACCACUUUUCUGAAGGCUCCUCUCCUGUGUGCUCGGGCAGAAGAUGGUUUCCCAUUCAACGUGCUGCAGGACAUGUUUGUGCUCACCUCAGAGGAGCAGCAUUGGAAGAAUACCAUUUUCUAUGGAGUCUUCACGUCUCAAUGGAACAGAGGAAGUUCAGGAAGCUCUGCUGUCUGUGCAUUCUCCAUGCAGGAUGUUGAGAACGCUUUCAGCGGCCUAUACAGGGAAGUGAACCGUGAGACACAGCACUGGUACACAUACACGCACUCCGUUCCUGAGCCACGGCCUGGAAGUUGCAUUACUAAUAAUGUAAGGCAAAUGAAAAUCAAUUCCUCACUCCAAAUGCCUGACCGAGUGUUGAACUUUGUCAAGGACCAUUUCCUGAUGGACAGUGAGAUCCGCAGCAAGCCCUUACUCCUGCAGGCGCAGAUGCGCUACCAGCAGAUUAGUGUGCAGCGGGUCAGGGGCCUGAGGAAGACUUAUGAUGUCCUUUUCUUGGGAACUGAUGAUGGCCGACUGCACAAAGCUGUCAGUGUCAAUGAAAAGGUUCAUAUUAUUGAGGAAAUUAAGCUCUUCCAGAACCAGCAACCAGUACAGGAGCUACUGCUUGAUCAUAACAAGGGUCUAAUUUAUGCCUCUUCGCACUCUGUGGUGGUUCAGGUUCCGGUGUCAAACUGCAGCAUAUACAGAAGCUGUGAGGAGUGUGUCCUGUCCCGAGACCCUUACUGUGCUUGGAAUAGGAGAGUCUGUCACAAUGUCCGCCAUCAUAUACAUGACAUGAACACUCAGCACUGGGUUCAAGAUAUAGAAGGAGCAGAUACAGAAAAACUAUGUUCACAAAUAAACUCAACCGUGCCCCAUGGUAGAGUGAACAGAACUGAACCUGAGUGCCAGAAGAUUUCCCUGGACUUUGACACAGUUACGUUACCCUGUAAACUUCUAUCUAAUUUGGCAUCACGUUUGUGGAUCCAUGAUGGGAAAGUAAAUAACUCCUACUUUGUUUUGCAAACUGGUGACUUAAUUCUUGUGAGGAGCCCGGAUAGCUUGGGAACAUAUGAAUGCUGGUCAGAGGAAAAGGGCUUCAGGAAGCUAAUGGGCAGGUACUGCGUGGAGUCCAGCAACUAUAUAAAGACAUCAACCCAGCGUACAGACACAGAAAGAACAGUUCCAAAAAUAAAUGAUUUUGAGAUUUUCCUAAACACUUCAAAAUCUGUGUCUUCCUCUGAGAGCCAUUCUGCAAAGCUGACUGGGAAGUCUUACUGGAACGAAUUUCUGAUUAUGUCUACCCUAUUUGGUUGUGUAUUAGUCAUCUUGGCUCUUUUCAUCUUGUACAAACACAGAAAAGGGAUGAAAACGUUCCUUAAGCCAGUAGAACAUCCAGAUAAGCAACCCAAAAUGCUACGUAAAAAUGGCAAACCUGCAGAAAGCCUGCCAUUAAAUGGGACAAGCGCUCCUGUUCCAGCAGCUGAUCAUAAAGGCUACCAAACUCUAAAUGACAACUACAUCAUCAACACUCCUGUUCAUGAGGCUUUAGUAGGUAAUAACAUCUUGUCAGAAUCUGAGAAAAGGCCAUUAAAUAUCAAGGACACUAUAGUAGAGGUAUCACCUGUUAGUCCAAGACCUAGGGUACGACUGGGCUCCGAGAUAAGAGAUUCUGUGGUAUGAGAAUCAGAUAAUUAAACUAAAUAAACUAUGUGAAUACAGUUUGCAGGCCACAAAAGGUAUCAGACUGUGAACUACAGAAUGUGGGCUUUUGCAACAACGAAACAAGCUGGAAAACCUAUAUGUGUGCAUGCUACUCAGAUGAUGACAGUGAAUGUACAUUGUCAAACCAGUCUUUGUACAGCUUCUUUGUGCAAACUGUAAAAAGGUGUGUUGUAAUAUGAUGAAAAAGGUUAUUCCUGCUGCAAGACGCACUCGGAUCCAUGAAACUCAUUGUCUGUGGUAAGAAAAGGCGUGCAAGCCAGUCAUGAAAGUAAAUCUCAUCCAUUUCAUCUUAGCAACAGGUACACCUCAAUUCAACAUUUUGGAGUAUUCUUUUGUUUUUAAAAAUACAGAACAACUACUAAUGACCAUGAGUUUGUUCUAAUUCAAGACACUAAAUGCAGAAAGUUCCACAGGCUGACAAAAUGAUGUUGACCUGUGUGUUGAAACGCGUUAAAUGACCAAUAUGGGAUCAGUGGAGUUGAGUCCGAUUUACACAGAUUUGUGAUGAAAAUUAAGGAAAAGGAGUUAAUCUUAGAGAAGGCCAGAUCACGCUUCAUAGUAAAUAAUGGUCAGUAAGAAAUGGGCGUUCAGGUACAAAACACAACUUAAAGUCCAGCACAAUACUAGGGCAAGUCAAGUAUAAGAACAUGGAAGCCAGAAUACCGUGAAGCUAAGAGAAAACAAUGGUACUUCCAUUCCGAACUAUGUGAACAGUCUGAAAAUAUGAUUAAUAGCACACUUUUGGAGAACACAGUGAAUCAUAUUUUGAUUAAACAAUUUAUUUUUUUAUAAUAUUGUGGUAUUAUUUUGUUAUUUUUAUGGACAAUCACUGUAGUUUCAUCUAUUUUAUGGCACAAAUCAACUAGUUUUUUUUUUUUUUUUUUUUUUUUUUAAAAACAAUGUGAAAACAGGAAUUGAUGCUUGUAUAACAUUACAACCAGCUAUACUCUGCCUACGUAUGAUAGACACAAUAGGGUGUAUGAUUUAUGAAGCAAUUGCAAGUAAUAAAUGUAUCGAGGAUUUUUAUUUUUGGACUUGUACAUAUAAAGGGAUUUUGUUUGUAUUUGUUUAUUGUUUAGUUGUUUAAGGAAGUCUAUAUUUAAAAUAUCUUGUUAAAUUUCUUUUCACCACUUACUUGUCUUUCAAAGAGAUCUACAGUUGGAAAAAAAGUAUAAUUUAGUUUCAUGCCUCGGACCCCUCUAGUGCCUUCAUAGUACAGCAGCACAGUCACAAUGUGACCACUUAUCAUUGCUCAAUAAAGAUGAAUACUUUAACCAAAUUAUUAGACAUAAGGUGCUUCUCAAAUAUUGCUCCCCAUUGUAGUAGCUUAGAUUGAAGAUAUAGAUAAUCAUACACUAAAAUAAGGCGUGUGAGAAUCUUUCCUACAUACUUUGCAGCAGACAUACGUUAGGAGAAAAAUGUGAUGAACUGAAAUAUACAUAGAGUCUUCUAGCAAGUAGAUUUGCAAUUUUUGUUUUGACAACUGCAUUUUUUUAUGAUUAAAAUAAGGAAAUGCAGGUGAUUUUUUUUGAAGGAUAAAGAAUUAUUACUUGUCUCUCACUGUGGGCUUUAUGAGCUAAAGUUCUUGGUUCUGGCCGGAUGAUCUUAGAAGUCUCGGCAUUACUAUAAGGUCCCUCAAAUAAUUUUACAACGGAAAAUGUUACCUUGCGAACUGUUUACCAACCUAUGCAGGGUUUUAGAUGUGAAAGAGAGAAGCCUACAUUAAUAUAUAAUGUCAGAAAGUAACCCCCAAAGAUUUUGUGGAUUCUCUUUCCAUGCAGGCAAGUUUUUGUUCAUCAUGCCCGUAUGUGUUUAGUGCCUGGAAAUGGGUUAAACAAAUAGUUAAAUGGACAUGCUACCCAUAAGCUAAAUCAUUUUAUAGUAAUGCAGCAUAUCUGUAAAAAGGAAAAACAAAGACCAUUGACUAGAAAAUAUCACAAACAUCUCUAUGUAAAGAAGGAAGAUAUUUUACCUCAAACGUUCUUCAGUAGCCACAUUCCUUUCUUCAAUUUAAAGAAGUUUACUAUGAAAUCUCACAAAAUUAUGCCCGAAUUCUAUGAGAUCACAGUAAAGCAACAUGUAAACUUAAAGCUUCUGAUGCAGGUUGUUUUUUGUUUAACGAUGCAGAAAGUAAAAAGUAGCAGAAUGGUAAAUUAUUAAAGAACAGUUGAUGGUGUUGAUAUUAAAUCUAGAAAACCCAUGUAACUUUCUUUUUUUUACACCGUUGCAUUAUGUAUAAAUUAACAUGUCCCUUUAAAGUCUGCUCAGGAGCCACAGUGCAUUGCUAUUACUAAGUUGGACAUAUUGCAGCUUUGUGUUUAUGCCCUGCAGGGGUCAAACACAUAAACAGCACAUUUUAUUACUACCUAUGUUUUAAACAUUAGAUCAUUUUAUUAUUGAGUUAUGUCUAUUUUACUGUAUGAGGGCUGUAAUGCAUUUCAUAGCAAAACUUCCUGAAAGCCAAUGGCCUCUUAAACCUCAUAGUCUUAAAAGUAUUUGUUGGCAAUAAUUUUACUAGUUUAAUUAAAACAGUAUUUGCUGUCUCCGUCCCAAUCUGAAGCACAAUAUGAUAGUUUGACUAGGUAUGUGUGAAGUGUUACUUACAGAAUAGUGCUUAACACGUUACGUAGAUAUUCUUAAACUUUACUGCCAUUUCUGACGUUUGAAGUUUUCAAUAUAAAAGUACUGAGCAUUAUGGCUUCUGGACUUGCACCUAUAAUGAGGAAAAAUGCACAAAUCUAAGAUUUGGUCAUUAUCUUGACUAGAGGAUAUGGUUAACGGCAACUAAGUGGAACAUAAAGUAUAAAAAACAAAAUGCCAUUAACAGUUUGCAUCAAAACCUAUUAAACACUUCUUCCUGUGAAACCACAGCCACAAAAUACAUUCCUUUUCUUGAAAAUCCUAAUGCAACAGACAUUGCAUCUGUUGACUUAGCUACGUCUAUGAUUGUUAAAAUCUCCAAGAGAUUGCGAAUCAAGGACACAAUUGUCUAAAUUUUCUAUCAUGCACUUUAAGAAUAACCUUUAAAUAUUACAAGACUAGGGAGCUACAGUUCAAAAAAUGUGCAGCUCGUUUACAGUAAACUUUCAGCUAAACUUUACUAUGAUAUCACAAUUUUGCAAUAAGAAAUUAGUGUCAAUCAAAGUCCCUUUCUGAGAGUUUUGUAAGAAUGGAUUAGGGUGCGACAAAGUUUAAGAGAAUGUAAAUAUGUGCCUGAAUCAAAUGGUUAAAAAUAAGUGUUUUAAACUAAGACACUAAUUUGUUAGCCAAAAGCCCUACAUUUUUAGUAUUUAAAAACAAGAUUUCUUUUAAAAUGCAUGAUUGAACAUUUGUGACUUCUGUCAUUUUUGCUUUUUAAAUACACUGUUUUAGCAUUAUUCAAAUCAGUACAAAUGUAUUAAAUAUGUUUGGUACCUUUUUAUAAAGCAUUUGCUUAAAUAUAUUACGUGAAUAUAAAUGGUGCAAACACAUACUUAUUUGAGACACAGGUAUGCUAUGACCAGCGGUUGUGUAAAUGUUAGCUGGAUCAGAAGCAAUCUGCCAAAGACCUUAAGAUGCAUUUUUCAUGCAUGCUGCAUAUCAGACAGGGAAAACUUUCCUAUCCUGGUACAAGGUUAGUAGCAGAAUCGCUCACUAUAAUUGGAACGUCAAAAAGUCAUUUUAAGUAUGACAUCAACUAGCUAAAUAAUGUGCACCUUACUAGAAUGCAUGUUUGUAAAUAAUACUAGGAUGUAAAUAGCAACAUUCUGCUUUUGUGCCAAACUAAUCUGUGGUAUGAGAGUCUCUUAAAAGGUUAUGAAACCCAACAUUUUUCUUUCAUGGUUCAGAUAGGGAAUACAAUUUCAAACAGCAUUCCAAUUUACUUAUAUUAUUUAAUUUGCUUCAUUCUUUGCAUAUCCUUUGUUGAAGAAAUAGCAAUGCAAAUAGGUGAGCCAAACACAUGAGGCAUCUAUGUGCAGCCACCAAUCAGCAGCUAUUGAACCUAUUUAGAUAUGCUUUUAAACAAAGGAUAUCAAGAGGAUGAAGCAAAUUAGAUAAUAGAAGUAAAUUGGAAAGUUGUUUAAAAUGUCAUGCUUUCUAAAUCAUGAAAUAAAAAAAUUGGAUUUCAUGUCCCUUUUAACUGUGUUUUAUGUCCCUUUUUUUUUACAUAUCUUGUUCAGAUAUAAUUAAGCUUUCUAUGAGGUCUGUAUUGUUAUUUUAAAUGUAUGUAUGUUUUUUUUAAUGCACUUUAUAAUUUCUAAUAAAACUUUUGAAAAAUA